AUGGCGGAGACUGCUGCAGACAGACGAUCGAGUUCGAAUCUCGAGCCGGCUUCAGACGAGAUCCUAUCGGCGAUCCAGUCCGCAUUACAGAAAGUGAUCAUCGAUGGUACUCGUUAUGCUAGCGAUCUCAAAGGCACCGAGAAGCUGAUCGAAAAAAACGCCGAAAACUUAAAGAAGGAGCCCAACAAUCAAGCUUUCCUGAAGGAGAAACAGACUAAAUUGGCCUUGAAGCAAGAAUGUUUGGAACACAUCAAGACCAUUUCAACUCACGUCGCCCAACAGCUCUAUCAGAUCUAUCAAAAACAACAACAACAAUCACACUCUGCUGAGAAUUUGAUGACCACUGAUUCAAAUCAACAACAGCAACAACAAUCCUCGUCCUCCUCCUCUGCUCAGACGUCUGAUGAUGAUCCCUGUCGAAAGGAGUUGGAGACCUUGACUGCCCACUCGAAGAUCCUAGAAAAGCAGAUCAAAACGAAUGAGGAAGAGGUGGCACGGAUGCGCAGCGAACAUCAACAGAUGAUCGAGACCCUUCAACAACAACGUGCGGCCCAAGAAGAGGAGCUGCGAACGAUCAAAGAGCUCCUCCAGUCCUCAACCUCGGUCCCCCCAUCUCGGCCGAUCCCAGAAGACGCGAUGGUCCUCGACAGUCAACCUAAUCCAAAGCCCGAGGAAAACCCUGACGAUCUCCAGAAGCAGAAGCAGCAGCCGGAAGGCGCAACAGAUCAAGUAAUUCUUGCCACAACCGUUCUCACCGGACAUCGAGAUGCUCUGGAUCAGAUGGCCAUUCAGAUCACCAAUCUACGGGCCGAUGUAGUGAGUUAUCUGACGGAAGAGAUCCCAGGGAACGUCCAACGCUCGGUCCGGGUCAUGCAACAGGACGUCCAAUCCACCCUACAAGCCACCACCUCCCUCCACAUCAAAAACCUCAGCGACCUUGUCCAGGACUUGGUUGCCGACUUCGAGGCCCGAGCUCGUCGCCCUCGAAGCUUCGCCAAACGCCUCUCCUCGGCCCUCGACCCGCAUUCCGCCAAUAACGAUCAGCCUCCUCAAAGCCGCAAACUCUCCCCCGCCUCGACUUCCUCUGAUACUACCACCCUCUCCAGUUCACGCUCUAGUCGAGAUCCUCGCCUGCUUCAUCGCCAGUCUGCCGCCCCUUCCUCCGAUUCUAAAUCCCCAAUCGACAACAAUCCUUCAUGUAGACAACAAUAA